AUGGCCAUAUAUGCAUCGAGCAGCGCCGUGCCAGCGGCGCGAGCGCAGCGGCGGCGAUCCUCGUCCUCGCCGCUGGUACGGACGGCGGCCUUCACUCCCACCACCGUUGUGGAUGCUCUAAUGGCCAUAUAUGUCUUAUCAAGCUGAUGCCUCAGGACCCAGGAGACUGAAAUUCCACUCAUUGUAGAAAAAGCAAGCCAGCACACUUCAUAUAAUAAAAAGACUAAAUUCCAAAAUUGAUCCGUAAAAAAAUUACUCUUGCACAUCAAAUGUGUUAGCUUCUGGUCCUAAAUAAACUGUUUUGGUUCAUAUUUAACGAAUUUGUGUAAAAUUAUUUUAUUUUAAGAAUAUUAUUUAUAUGGAAACAAAAUUAAACUCAAAGAAAGUACUACUCCCUAUCUAAGACUGGUUUAAAGCUUAAACUCCUAUACCCAGCUAAUAUGUUAAACACAUAAAUUUACUGUUACAUGUAUAUAUUUAUUUUUAUUUGUAUAAUAUAAAUAUUACUCCCUUCGUUCUCUUAUAGUUGAGUCAUUUUUUUCAUUUCAGAAAAUUCACGAAAUUUGAAUUAAUAUAAAGUAAAUUGAAAAUCUCUGAGUUACACUACACUUACACUAGUUGAUUAUAGUGGUAAUAGCAUAUUAUAAAUUUUAUACAGGGCCGGACACGGUUAUUUAAUUUAUACUCCUAUAUAAGAAAAGGAGAAAAGGGCUUUACAUAUAUAACCCAAUUAAUUCAAGCCCAACCCAAAUAGAAUUUGAACUGGAUUUCUCGGCGCCCAAAUCCGAAACCCUAAAGAAACCCCUAUCACUAUCUGAACGGAAAUCGGAGAACAUGGAGGAGCACGACAUCGAUGAAAGCGAGCAGAAGCUUGAAGCGGAGGUAGCUCCGGCGUUAAUUGCGGUCCAUCCCAAUCAAAAAUUCGUAUCCGUCGCCGUCGGCUCGGAUCUCCGUGUUUUCAGUUUCCAACAUGGUUCUGCAGCUCAAUUAUUGGAUGAAACCGGGGGGCACAAAGACUCUAUUCGCUCCAUCCGAUACAGUAAAAGCGGGAAGCUUUUUGUGUCGGGUGGAGAUGAUAAGCUCGUGAAAGUUUGGGAUACUGAUUCUUGGCGCUGUGUUUAUUCAGUAGUGUCGGAGAAGAGAGUGACCUCUCUUGCAGUCAGUGGUGAUGAUAAGUUUGUGACUUUUGCGGAUAAGUUUGGUGUCAUUUAUGUCGUGGAUAUAGGAGACUAUAAUGAAGAGAAUCUAGCUCCGGUUGAUAAGAAGGCUGUCCCAAUCCUUUCACAUUAUUGUAGCAUUAUUACUCGACUGGAUUUCUCACCAGAUGGUCAGUAUAUUAUUAGUGCUGAUCGUGACUUCAAAAUUCGUGUAACUCUCUUUUCCAAAGAGUUCUUAAAAGGAGCUCAUGAGAUAAAAUGUUUUUGCCUUGGUCAUACUGAGUUUGUUUCCUGCCUUGCGUUUUUCAGUAGUCGGAAUUAUGCACACCCCCUAUUAGUCUCUGGCAGUGGUGAUUCAACAGUUCGACUGUGGGAUUAUGCCUCUGGUUCUCUGCUGGAUACAUGUGAGCUUGGAACUAAGGCAGGACUUUUAAAUUCUAAUCAAAAGGAAGAGGAGGUGUUACCAGCUGUAACUGAUCUCUGCGAAACUUCUGAUGGCUCACUAGUUGCUGCAGCUAUUCAGAGCUUGCCAGGGAUUAUGCUGUUAAAAUGUAACCUUUCUUCGAGGACUCUCACCAUUGCUAAAGUGAUCUCUGUUGCCGGAGAGACAUUCAUUCCAACAAGUAUUGCUGCUGCCUCUUCCGUCCCAUUGUUGUGGAUGGUCAUGGGUGCCUCCAGCUUAAGUGCUACUGAUUCUGCACUCUUAGCUCGUGUCAGAGUUGUUUCUGGUUUUGGUACUGACCAUUCAGAAUCUAUUGUUCCUGAGUCUUUGGUCAUAGAAGAUAAAGAGUUACCCGGAGGAGAACCCCUACUUCAAGCGUUGCAAGGAAAAUUGACAAUAGGUGAAGAAGCAUUCUCAACAGCUGCUGAAGCAGUCAAAACAGCAAUGCGCAAUUUGCUGAUCAAGAAGCAAUAUUCAGCAGAGAGGCGGGAUUUCAGAAAACGGGGACGAAAUGAUAAGAAGAAUCAAGCAUAGUCAAGUUUCUCACUGCCCUCUCAUGGAUUUUCAUCAUAGUGUUGUAGUAUAUGAAUGAAUCCAUUGAUUAAGUGUUAUAGUAUCGAUGUUUUCUUUAUGAUUCUGUAGCAAGCCCUAAAUCUUGCAGAGUUGGAAUAUUUACUUUUUUUUAAGUUUGCCAGUUAAGAUACAAAUUGGAGUUUUGAAUGUAAUCAAAAUUAACUUAUAUGCAGCUCAAUGUUGUUAUCCUUCUCCA